CCGCGGCCUGGACGUGGGUCUUCCUGACAUUGAGUGUGUGUGCGGGUUAGGGCAUCGAUUCAAGAUUGGCGCGUCGAACGCGUCGGAUUGGAGGUGGUGGCUCCAAACCGUGUACGCGGGCCUGGACAUCCUGACCAACAAGGCCACGGCCGAGGAGAUGGCCGGCGUGCCGCACCACCUGCUGGGCCACCUCCAGCCCGGCGACAACUACCACGUGCACCGCUUCCGCGCCGAGGCCUUCCGAAUCAUUGAGAGCCUGCACGCCCGGAACAAGGUCCCCGUCGUCGUCGGCGGCACCCACUACUACGUCGAGUCCAUUCUGUGGAAGAACCUAGUCGGCAACAGCGACGCCAGCGACUCGACCGCGGACGGACAGGCCCCCAGGAAGAGGCCGCACCGGGACCAGUAUGUGAUCGCCGGCCGCACCUUCGCCAACCUGGACGACCUGGAGAAACUGGGCACCGAGGAGCUGCGGGAGAUCCUGAAGGAGAUCGACCCGGCGUCGUGGGAGCUGCUUCAGGACCGGCGCAAAAUCAGGAGGUCCAUCGAGGUGUUCGGGCAGACGGGCCGGAGGCAUUCGGACAUCCUGGAGGAGCAGAGGCAGGCGGCCGGGUCGGUGCACGGCGGCGCCCUGCGCUACCCCAAGGCCCUCGUCUUCUGGAUGCAGUGUGACAAGGACACGCUGAACGCGCGGCUGGCGAGGCGCGUGGACGCGAUGCUGGCGCAGGGGCUCCUGGAGGAGGUGGAGGCGUUCCACCAGCAGGUCAACCUGAAGCGCGGCGAGCAGCAGAGCCAGGACUUUGAGCACAGCCUGUUCCAGAGCAUCGGCUUCAAGGAGAUGCUGCCGUACGCGGCGCUGUCGGCCGAGGAGCGCGCUUCGGAGGCGGGCAAGAAGGCGCUGGAGCAAGGCCUGCUCCUCCUCAAGCAGCGCAACAUGCGCUACGCCAGGAAGCAGGAGGCCUGGAUCCGGAACCGGCUGCUCGUCCACGGCAGAGACGUGCCGCCGGUGUGGCCGCUGGAUGGCUCGGACCCGUCGCGGUGGGACGAGCUGGUGGCGGCGCCGGCCGCGGCCGUGGUGGAGGCCCGCCUGCGCGGCGAGGACCCCGACGAGGCCGUGAUCCGGGCCGUGCCCAAGGAGGGCACCGCGCUGCCGGCCAAGGAGCGGCACGCCACCUACCGGUGCGAGCUGUGCCAGCGAGACCUCAUGGGGCUGCAGCAGUACAACAUCCACCUCGGCACCAAGAAGCACCGCGCCGCCGCGGCCAAGCUCAAGAAGGCCCAGUCGGAGCUGGCGGCCGUCCUGGACGCCGCAGUGCAGAGGGGCGACGGGGAGGCUGGGGAUGGUCACGGCCUCGGUCACGGCCAUGGGGACGAGGGCGAGCGGGGGGGUGCAGAAGAGGACGUGGUGCCUCGAGAGUCAGAGGCGAGCCCUGAGGGUGUGAGGACUACAGCCUGAGUGCCUGUGUGAAGACAAAUCUGUAGUCCGAGGCAACUUUGUCUUAAGUUUGCAAUACUUUUCACCCACUCCUCUGGAAUAUGAGGAGUGUAUAGUUUAAGCCCAUGAUGUCAUUCUGUGAGUUCCUUUUUCUCUAUUUUCAAAAUAUUUAUGAAAUUGCUUGAAUUUUUGAGAACUUUUUGUAAUGUAAAUGAAUGACUAUAAAAGUGUGUGUGUAAAUUUUUGUAAACUGUGAUAAGAUAUUGCCCUAAUGAGAUGUAUGUACUGGGUGAUAGUUGUGUUUUUGUCAUGUAAAGCUGGUUGUGUGUGACACAUACAGACAAAGCCUCAGGCUGUGAAUGUGGAUAGGACCUUUUGAUCUCUUACAUUUUAAGUUUGUCAAUUAUCAAAAUACUCCGACCUAUUUGUAUCUAUUGACAGACUGACUGAAUAAAUCUAACUGAAAGUCUUU